CAUUUCAGUGUAAAAGCAAUAGCUGUCAUUCGUACGCGAAAAAACGUACAUAUUGAAUUCCGCUGGAUCGUGAGUUCGUAAAUUUGACGUAGUCAUGUUUACCAUACUGAGAAUGAUCCUUUACAUAUCAGAAACAGCUUGAAUGCAGUAGGCUGCGACUCCUUUGUUUUAUUUCGAAGAUGUUUUAAAGCAACCUACAUUUCCGUUUCCUCACAUUCAAUAUGAUGUGCCUCAAGGUACUCUUGAACUUUUCGUCGCUUUAACAAAGAUUAACACAUUUUUAGUAACCAUGGGGGGCAAAAAUAAACAGAGAACUAAAGGAAACGUUCGGCCGUCCAGUAGCGGCCGGGCAGCCGAGGUGUUGACCCGGGAAGGAGGCGCAAUCCCGGGUUUCGUCGGUUUCGAUACAACGGUCUCCUCGGAGUUGAGCUACGUGCCUGCAUUCCAUGGCGCAGAGGAGCUUGACAGCCUGGUCGAUGCAGACUUCAGACUGGUGCUCAGGAAACUAUCCAAGAGAGAUGUUGUCACGAGACUGAAAGCUGUGCAGGACUUUGGAUCCAUGUGCCAGGAGCGUGACGCUGAAGAUGUUAAGGGGGUCCUUCCGUACUGGCCUCGAAUUUACUGCAAGAUAUCAGCGGACCAUGAUCGGCGCAUCAGAGAGGCCACCCAGCUGGCCUUUGAGCAGCUGGUGCUGAAAGUGCGCCGAAGCUUGGCUCCCUUCCUGAAGAGCUUGAUGGGCCACUGGAUCCUGUCCCAAUGCGACACCUACACACCCGCAGCCUCUGCCGCACGUCGAGCCUUCCAAGCCGUCUUCUCGGCCGCCAAGCAGCCGGAAGCCCUCAGCUUUUGCAAAGAUGAGAUCCUUAACGUACUUCAAGAUAUUUUAUUAAAGGAUUCUGCAGACACACUCAGUGAUCCCCAAACCCAGACUGAGGAGGAGCGAGAAGCCAAAUAUAUGCGCAUGCUGACCAGCUCUCUGCUAGGGGUGAAGAGACUGCUCUCUCUGCUACCCCAGAAUGACAUGGCUGCCACGGAGCACAGAUUAGCUAAUUUUGUCAGCCCUGCAAAGUUCUGGAAGAACAGCAGACACAAGGCACCGCAGGUAAGAGGGGCUUUCUUCGAGAUGCUCUGCGCUUUGUGUGAUUUAAUGCCGGGCCUUGCGCAAAGUGAGGCGGCGCGUCUCUGCCCAGCCGUUCUCCUCAGCAUCGACGACACAGAUCCACUGGUGCUGCCUGCUGUGUGGGAGGCUGUUCUUCAUGUUGUGUCCUCUAUCCCUGACUGUUGGACACAUGUAAACUCAAACAAGGGCUUCUUGCCAAAACUGUGGGCCCUGUUAAAAGAAGGGGGCAAAGGCAUGGCUAAAGCCCUCCAUCCUAAUUUGAUGCCAUUCCUCAGCAAACUACCUCAACAGGUCACCGACCCAGCCUUGGAGUUCUACACUACUUUCUUCACCUCCCUCAUACUUGGUAUUUCCAGUGAGCGUGCAGCCAAUAGCCCCUCAGAAAGUGCCGUUAUUGUGACUGCCACCAUAGAGUGCUUGAGGUUCUGCAUACUGCGCCAUUCCGCAGAGGAGGAGGAGGAUCAGUGCAAAAUCCGGACCAUAAUUAUUUCACAGCAGCUCCUUCCGUUACUUGAGAGAGCUCUUGAGAACCCCACCCUUCAGAAUGGUCCCCUGUUUCUGUUGGUCACCGAAAUGCUCAUUUCCUGGGAGAAGAGGGCAGGCAGUGAAUCUAAAGAUCUCAAGGAUAUCUUUCAAGGACUUGUGGCAGACUUCUGGGAGGAGCUUGGUCUUGUGUUUAUGCGCCACACAGACUGCGAGGAAGUGAAUCCACAAGCUUUAGAGGGGAUUGCUGCCUUGCUGCAGGUGAUGCGCUACCCAGAGAGUGUAAACAGAAGGCACAUUCUGAAGAAAAAGUCUCUCAAGAUCAGUUUUUCUAAGUCUGGAGAUGGCGACGAGCCUGGCUCGGCAGGAGGUGAGGCGGUGAAGAUGGAGUUCACAUCGGCUAACGUGUGCAGCUCCCCGCAGACCCGCCAUUUUGAGGAAGUGGUCUGCCAGCUGGUGCAAUUGUGCCUGGUGCAUAUGAAUGAGAGAAGCUCUGAGAGACAUCUUGUCUUCCUUUCCCAUCUGCUGCAGUCUUUUCACACCCUCAAAAUCUUCACUAUGUUGGUCGAAUUGGAUGACCGCAUCAAAGAUGGCAGUGAGCAGAGGUUCGACGGGAGAGCGAACAAUCCGGCCGUGCGCUUUCUGCUGGAGCGAGUGGUGCCGUGGCUUGCCGACAAGGAACGGACAGACACGGAGCACCUAGUGGAGAUGGUCUUCAGCUCAUUGUCUUGCUGCAGCCGCCAGGAGACCACCCGCAUCCUCGACCACAUCACCAUGCUGCAACUACACUGUGGAGUUACUCUGCAAAUCAUCCAGAGGGCGUGUGCUGACCAAAACACGGUCUCAAGUUGUAGAGACUGGCUCAAAGGUUCUGUUCUGGGCGAGCAUCUCCUCGUUUUAACCCAGGAGCUUUGCAAGGUCGGACCCAGGUUCUCCAGCUCUCCCUCUUCGAGCAGCCACCACAGUUGGACCCUCAUCAGCCUGGUUCUCUCACAGCACCACAGCAAUGAACCUCUGAUAGGGGAGAUGUACAUGGAGAAGAUGUUAGAGAAGCUGCAUGCAACGCUUUCUGAGACCAAGAGUCUGUCAGACGCAGGCAACAUGGAGCCGCUGGUCUCUUUUAUCUGCGACGUGGCCUCCUCCUUCUUCUCGUCGGUGCAAAACUGCCUGCUACUUCCUUCCGCCGAGGAACUCCUGCUCACAGUCUUCCAGCUCAUCGCCCAAGAUCAAACACACACUUAUCUGUCAGACUCCCUCUUAGAUAAAAUGGGGAAGGUGUGCGUCGCCGGGGUCCAGUCGUUGGUCCAACACUCUCAGUAUGAUGUGGCAGAAGGGGGUUUCCUGCACAGUGCUGCCCUUUGGGUGCAGAGCAGACUACUCACUGUGUCUCUGGAUAUCAAAAAUUUGCAGUAUUUAGUUCUGGCUGUUGAAAGCAUAGUGGAGACCAUCACUUCUGUCUGUGAUCAAGACUCUGCCGCCCUUACCCAAUUCUUUACCCACUUGAUGCCCAGUGUUACUGGAUGGACAAAACUCCGACAGGCCCUGCCUUCACAUUGGAUCAAGACACCUUUGCUAGCCGGCCGUUACAGAGGAGUUUGCGAAAUGUCCUGCGAGGACACAUGGAAACUGAAAAUGCCCAACGUCUUACCGGCACAUUUAUGCACAUGUGCCCUGCUGGGAAAGGUCACUCUUGCUGCCUCACUUUUAAAUUGUAAUCAAAAGAACGAAAAGUGCCAGCCACAGCUUGCAAACCUGAUGCACACAGUUGCAGAGCUCCUGUAUGCACUACAAUGGUGUAAUGAGGUGGAGUAUGCCCCCACUAUUGUGUCCACCUAUCACAGCCUCCUCACUGACUGGGGGCUGUCAGGGGGUCUGCAUGACUUGGUUACGACGACAGAUUUGCUGGAGACGCUCUAUUCAAGAUCAUUUGAGCUUGGUGGUCUGUGGUCUCUGACGCUGGAAAACUACAUCCAGACCCACAACCUGCCAGCCACUCACGGGAUGAGCAUUAAGAAGCUGUAUGGCACUGUAGAUAGUUUGUUACCAGUGUCGCCAAGCAAACUGACCUCACUCCAGGUCCUCUGCCCCACCAUGACCCAGGAAGAGCGACAGACACUUGUCGCCCUCGCCACUGCGGGAAUCAUCAACUGGGAAGAGGACGACAAUGUGUACGGGUGUGUAGCAGUGCUGCUUUGUUGUCUGCAAGCUGACACGCAAGUGGAGGAUGAGGUGGUGCCGGCGGUUUUGUCCACCUUGAUGGAGUGGAGAAUCCACAGGGAGGAUUGGUUCCUUUUUGGCAGUGACCUGUCUAAAGCAACUACACAACAGCUGAACCUGACAGUGGAACUGAUGCGCUUCCUGUCCUGGCUAGUGACACACUCUCCGACAGUUCUCGGGAAUAGCCAGUGGGAUUUCUUACUCUGCGCUAUGUUAGCCUGGUUGGAGGUAACCAGCGAGAACGUGAACAGCCUGUGGAAUCCGUGGGUACAGCUGUUUGUAUGCGAGAGCGCUGCUCUGAUUGUGAACCUGAGGCAGUUCUUUGGAUCAUUGCCGACUGAAGUCCUGGAGAAGCUGCCGUCGGAACUGGUGGCAGAAUGGCAAGACUUUUUUGUGGACGGAAUCUACAACCUGCUGUUACCUAUGCCUCUCAAGAUCACAGAUGCCUUCAAAGAACCCGACGACCCCGUCUUUCCUCUGGCGGUGCUGCAGUCGCUCGGCGUGGCUCUGACCUACGCGCCCGUGCAGCAGCUCAACCAGAACUCCCUGCCGGCAAAAUUUGUUGCGGACCAGAAGACCAACCUGCCGCAACCUCUUCAAACGCUCCUAAACACCUUCUGUCCUCUGCUGGUCUUCAAGGCCCGACCGCUUCAAGUGACAGUGUACCACUUGUUGGCAAAGGUCAUGCCUCAGCUGCCUAAAUGUGAUGGAGAAGACUGCAGCAAGUCUGAAGAUGAGGAUGACGAGCCAAGCCUCUCUCCUCCGGCGGCUUUGAUGACUGCGCUGUCAACCUGCGAGGAGUUGUGCGACAGCAUCCUGACAGCACUUCAAGUCGGAGAAUUUGCGGUGGUCUCUCCUCACAGCGUGGAGUACUCGUGCAUCCUGGGCUACUUGCUGGCCUGGAAACUACUUCUCACCUUUUUCAGGUCAUCACCCUCCCAUCUACGUGCCCAUUACGCUCAGUAUCUUAAGAAAACCAGCUCCCUCAACAAGCUCCUCCUUCACCUCUUCAAACUCAUGCCUGAAAAUCCGAUCUUUCCGGGCCAAGCAGCAGAAAUGCGAGACUCCAAAACCUUCUUCACAGAGAGUCUCAGUCUGGCGGUUGACAAAAGGGAUAACAUCGAGCAGGAGCUGCCCCACCUGGCGUGCAGCGUGUACUACGGCACGGUGCAGGACCUGCCCGCUAUGGUGCGACUGUGGUGGAAUAGUCAGGAAAAGCGUGCGAGUGGCACCGUGGAAAGGUUCACCACCAAGUACGUCAGUCCAGUUCUCUCAGCGCAGGAGAUCUCGUCGGUCCACAGCAGCACUCAAAUGUUUGAAAGCAUGACGGUGAAGGCGCGCUCUGCUGCACGGGAGGUGAUUGCCACCUACUCGGUGGAUGAGAUUUUCAUUGAGCUGGUGAUUCAGCUGCCGCAGAGCCACCCUCUGGGCUCCAUCGUGGUCGAGAGCGGGAGGCGCGUGGGCGUCUCUGUGCAGCAGUGGAGGAACUGGAUGCUGCAGCUCAGCACGUACCUCACACAUCAGAAUGGCACUAUAAUGGAGGGCCUGGCAUUGUGGAAAAACAAUGUGGACAAGCGUUUCGAGGGAAUCGAGGACUGUAUGAUCUGCUUCUCUGUUAUCCAUGGCUCAAAUUACUCGCUGCCCAAGAAGGCUUGUCGCACUUGCAAGAAGAAAUUCCACUCUGCGUGCUUGUACAAAUGGUUCACAUCCAGCAACAAGUCCACUUGUCCAUUGUGCAGAGAGACCUUCUUCUGAUGCGCACCCUGUGUGUUACCACAACGCUUCAGUCGGUUCUGAUGAUUAUAACUAGCUGAACCUCCGGCCGGAAGUUCCUUUUGAGGCCCUUUUUGACCAAAGUGACAAUUUGUUUGGCGGUUGUUUUGAUUUUGUGGAUUUAUGAGUGUGGAAUAAUGUGUUCACAGACAUGACAAGAUAACGUUUGGACGAUGAACACCAAUCAAUACAUUUUAAAAAAUAUAAAUAGAUUUUGUUUUCCCAAGACAAUGAGGUGCUUUUGCAGAUUUAAAGGUAACUGUUGAACUGAAUCAUUUGACAGCUGAAAAAAAGGCAUGCAGUGUCCAGUCAAGGUUCAUACAUAUUUUCCUAAUAUUUAGGAGUGUAAAUGAAAUGUGACGUCCUUCGCAGGUCCAACACUUCAUCUUUAGAGAUGAUUUUAAUUUCCAAAUGAAAACUAUACAUCACAAAUAUCCAGCUUGAAUAAUGUGUCAUCAUCUCAUUUUGUCUGUUUGCAACUGUACAUUACGCUGGACAAGACAAUAAAGUACAACUGGGUGGUUA